CUUUCCUCAUCCUACUUACUCUCUCUCUCCUCUUUCUCUCUCUAGUCUCUACAAUUGAAAACAAGAAAAUUGCACAAGUAAAGCUUUAUUUUACUAUUUUGCCCUUCUCUUUCUCUCUCUAUCUCUAGAAAGGAAAAGAAAGAAAAAAAAAAAAAUUAUUAAAAUGGAGGUAAUUUCUAUUUCUCCUUCAAAAAGACAAAGGGAAGAUGAAGCAAUAAUUCAAGAGGAUGAAGAUGUCUUUAAACGUCAAAAGUCGUACAAAGACAUAAUUACCCUUCUUGAAGAAGAGGAAGAUGAGCCUAGUGAUGACUUAUCUUCCUUGAUUUCUACUCUUCAAGAGGAGAUCUCUACUACUACUUCCUCCUCCUCCCCGUCUCAGCACGGGCCCGACCCGGUUCAUGACCCGGCUAGUUCGGGCCCGUAUGAGACUGACCCGGAGAACCCGUCCAUCGGGUCCGGGUCAGGGGCAGAAGAGAGGAACAACGUCAUGAGGCACCUCCUUGAGGCGUCGGACGACGAGCUGGGUCUGCCGAACUCCAGCCUGUCGGACGGGUUUGAUGAGGUUGCUGGAAACGGACAGUUUGACGGUGGCGAUUUCUUCUUCGAUACUACUGUCGGAGGGGAAGGGCUUUGGGAGUUUGAAGACCGUGAAGCUGCUAAUUAUUACAGCUUGUUACAGUCUACUGAGAUUUUCAUGUAGUUUGGUGGUUCGGUCCUCGUAGUUACCCUCAAUUUGCAAAGAAGUCCUUUUUGUUGAGGGGUUAGGAGGUUAAAAAAGGAAAAGUCUAGGGGUCGAAGGGGUUAAAAAAAAGAACUGAGGAGGAAAAAAGGAAAAAAAAAAGUGAAAGAAGGACUAAGAAAGAAAGAAAUGAAAAGCUGUUUUUGGGUAAUUUUCAUUUUGGUCCCUCGUAUCUUCUUUUGUAAAUUGUUAUACAACCCCUUUUGUUUAGUAGAAUUUGAAAAAGGAGUAGGAAUGACAAAUUAUUUGACUUGUUUAUUGCUUCUACUUAAUUCUUUUGUUACCAAGACGGUUUUAGUUUCUUACCUAAUCUAAUCUUUAUUUUAUUUUA